AUGGUUCUUUCCGAUCUGGGGCGGCGGAUCAAUGCCGCUGUCUCCAACCUCAACCGCGAACCCAAUCUCGAUGAGAAAGCCUUCGAUUCCAUGAUCAAAGAAAUAUGCUCUGCACUAUUAUCAGCAGAUGUCAAUGUACGGCUGGUUAAGACUUUAAGAAAAUCAAUACAAAGUGCCGUCAAUUUCAAGGACCUCCCUGCCCACACCAGUUCAAACGCAAAGAAACGAUUAAUUCAGCAAGCUGUGUUCGAUCAUUUGGUGCAGUUGGUCGAUCCUCAUGCCGAACCAUACAAGCCCAAGAAGGGAAAGUCGAAUGUUAUCAUGUUUGUGGGUCUACAGGGUGCGGGAAAGACGACUUCGUGUACCAAGUUGGCCAGAUAUUAUGCCCAGCGCGGAUUCAAAGCAUGCCUUGUCUGUGCCGAUACUUUUCGAGCAGGUGCCUACGAUCAAUUAAAGCAGAACGCUACAAAGGCUAAGAUCCCUUACUAUGGCUCCCUAACGCAAACUGAUCCUUCGGUUGUCGCCGCCGAAGGCGUGGCGAGGUUCAAGAAGGAGAAAUUCGAGAUCAUUAUUGUUGAUACAUCCGGGCGACACAAGCAAGAAGAAGAUCUGUUCACAGAAAUGGUUCAGGUACAGAAUGCCAUUAAGCCCGACCAAACCAUUAUGGUUCUGGACGGAACAAUAGGUCAAGCCGCUGAGGCUCAGUCUGCUGCUUUCAAAUCCACUGCCGACUUCGGUGCCAUCAUCAUUACCAAGACUGACGGUGGAGCGGCAGGUGGUGGUGCCAUAUCAGCUGUUGCUGCCACGCACACUCCAAUCAUUUUCCUUGGUACAGGCGAGCAUAUGAUGGACCUGGAAAGAUUUGCCCCCAAGCCAUUCAUCUCAAAACUCUUGGGCUAUGGUGACAUGUCGGGCUUGAUCGAACAUAUCCAAUCGGUUACCAGAGAUUCUGCUGGUAUGAAGGAAACCCAGAAACAUUUAGCGGAAGGUAUCUUCACAGUCAGAGAUAUGAAAGAACAGAUCACCAACAUCAUGAAAAUGGGUCCUCUGUCCAAAGUGGCAGGCAUGAUCCCAGCCUUAGGAAACAUGAUGGCAGGCAUGUCAGACGAAGACGGCACCCAAAAGCUGAAGAGAAUGGUGUACAUCUUCGACAGCAUGACGACUAAAGAGCUUGAUUCAGACGGCAAAAUCUUCCUCUCAGAGCCCUCGAGGAUGACGCGGAUAGCAUGUGGCUCAGGAACCUCCGUCCGCGAAGUCGAAGAGCUCCUCACUCAGCACAAAGUCAUGUCGGGCCUGGCGAAAAACAUGGGUCAGAACAAAAAGAACAUGCAACGGGCUCAGAAUAUGCUUGGAGGCGGCAACCGGCAACAACAGCUCGCGGCGAUGCAGAAACGGAUGGCUGCUUUGGGUGGUGCGGGCAGAGGCGGCAUGGGCGGAGAUAUGGGCAAGAUGUUGGAAAUGAUGGGUGGUGGUAUGGGUGGCGGCGGUAUGCCAAAUAUGGGAGGCAUGGACAUGAAUGCUAUGAUGAGCCAAAUGGGCAAUAUGUUUGGUGGGGCUGGUGGUGGACGCGGACGUGGAAGAUGA